UAGCCUAGCAGAUUCGCCUCCAAAACAAUCACCGCUGGCAUGUGAUAACAUUUGAAAAAUGAUAUCUAUUACGAUUCUCGUUUAUUCGGUUUUAGUUCUCAAAGUUCAUUCUCAAGAAGUGAGUGAUGCGGAACCACGUUUUACAACUGAAUCAACCACACCGACAUCGACUGCUGAUUGGGAUGUAAUUAAUCAGCGCAACUUUCAAAAUGAUAACUCGCCAUUGAGUAGAAAUAAUCAAUUUCAACCAUACUUACCCUCACAAUAUGGACCUAUUAUUGCUUCGUUUCAAGGUCUGCCUUAUGGUGCCCGAUUACAGUUCGAAAAUAGAUCUGGUGCAAACCCCCGCUAUUUCCCAAGUUAUGACGUACCACUGGACGCUUACUCAGUGAACUGGACAGAUAGCGAUAAUUCCUUUUCUCAACCAGCUUCAUUUAUGCAAUAUCCACAAGCUAAUGGAAUAUUUCCUUUACCUCCUGUGCCUUAUUAUGCAUCGAGAAACCCAGAUGACAACAGAUAUGCUUUAAUAGAAGAUGUUUAUAAUCCAUCCUACGAUAAUUUUAGGGGAAACUGGACUAUACCACCACCAAUUAUAUAUCCGGAAAAUGUUCCAAGAAGGCGAAACAGAAUGAAUUCUGCUCCAGCUUAUUUAGAGAAUCUACCAUACCCAGACUACAAUCAAAGGCGAUAUGGUGAUAUAAGGAAUGCUGAACGUGCCAUACCAUUCUCUCAGUAUCCCCUACCUCCAUUGUUUUAUCCUCCUCCAGGUUUAGGAAGUAAUGAAGAUAGAACUUUAUAUCCCGAAUUAGAUGUUCUGAGUAGACCUCCUUAUUUUGACAGAGAGCCAGGGACAGAGUCACCGGAAAGUGCAGCUAUCAGGAAUGCACCUCAAACACAGCCUCCCAAACCAAUAGAUUCCGCAGAAUCUCCUAUUGCAGCAGAGACGAUUCCAAGAGGAGUUCCAAGCAGACCGUUCUCUUCUCCAAGGCAACUUCCUGUUGUACCCCCUUAUCCAGCAGAACCUAUUCCUCCAAGAUUUAUCCCUCCUAACCCCUUCCCCAUUAAUUCAUUGCCUUAUGGUGUGCCAAUACCACUUCCAGAGCUAGUAUCCCCUUUCAAUUUUCCAGCAGGACUUUUACCUCCAACUACCCCUCCUCCCAUUCUUCCAAAUAUUCCUUUGGGUCCUAACGAAAAUGUGCUCCCGAAUCUCUUGAACGAACCACCACCUGCACUUCCACCACCUGUUGGAUCUGAUGUUAUAGCAGAUGCACCUCUACCUCCACCCAUAGAAAAUAUGCCCGUUGACGAAAUUGAAACUAAUCCAAGUGAAAUAAGUGGAAAUCUCCCCCCUGUUAAAACCCCAUAUGAAUUCGGAUAUGAAAUGAAUGAUGGAAGAGGUACAGACCAGCACAGAAAAGAAUUCUCGGAUGGUUCAGGAACUGUUACUGGAAGUUACGGUUACAGAGAUCCUUUUGGUGUGUAUCGUCUCGUUAACUAUGUUGCCGAUAAGAAUGGAUUCAGAGCAUUCAUUAAAUCGAAUGAACCAGGUGUUUCGAAUCCAGGAAGUGCUGAUGUAAGAGUGGAAGCUGAAGUGCCACCCCCAAAAGCAAUUGAAGAAAGUCUUAGAUCGUCGAUGAGAGUCGAUGCCGUCGAAUUACCUGAUGUACCUCCACUGCCUGUAGUUGGUGAGAAAAAGUAACCUACAUAAUUAACUGUUUUUAUAAGAUUUUAAAAUUUUCAUGAAGUAAGCGAAAUCUGUAAGUGUAUUUUUACUGUUCUAACAUUGUGUUAAGAGGAAAAGAAAAUUUCUUUACAUUAAGUUUACAAAAAGUAUUAAAGCCGUUCAACAAAUAACAGGAGAUUUCAACAGAAGAUCAUUUUUUAAACUAAUUAUGGCCUAAUUUUAAGUUUAAAUUUUAUAUACAUUAAACUAUACUUGGUGAAAAAUAUCUAUUUUAAUUGUGCAUUAAAUUUAUUUUAACCGCAAUUUAAAGAUAGAAUAAAGUUUUGAAAUUUAUUCUGAUUAAACGACAGUAUGGGAAAUUCUCUAGCAUUUGUGUUAUUUAAAUGUUUCAGUUGCUUUAUUCUAAAUUUUGUGCGAAUAACUGAAAUACAAAAUUAAAACUUAAUUUAAAUGAAUAUCACAGACUA